AUGGACGAUCAAGAGGCUCAAGAAGAAAUAAAACCGACAAACCUCCACAGGAACCGCGACCAGAACCUGAACAACAGCCUCGACGAGAGCAAAGAGUUCCAAACCAACCAGAAUUUUGCGAAGAAUCAGACGCUAAACCGGAAGAACAAGAGCUUCGAGGGGCACGAGGAGAGGGUUCUCAAAGAGAGCAAGAACCUCGUCACGAGCAAGAUCCAUGUCCAGAACUCAAGCAAGAGCUUCGGCCGUCCGAUGAGCUCCACCUUAAUUCAUCGGUUGCGUUGCAGCUCAAACCCGUCCCGCUACCAGUCUCAGAAAGUCACUCCAUCGAAGACUUCCAACCCGCCCCUCUUCCUAAUCUCCUUCCAAUCUCCACACAUCAGUCCGACUCAAUCAACAUCCAGCCCAACUCAAGCACUCCAAACCACACGCCUGAAUCCAAUCAUUCAUCAUCAACCAGCAUUCACGAUGAUGAUGACUCUGCUGGCCAAACGCGAAAGACUAAGGAAGGAGCGUGACAAGAUCAAACCGAGUUACUACUACGGAGAAAAGGAAUUAGAAGUGGAGGCUAUCAAGAAAGGUAUCAAACCGCCUAAACUAAAGCGAAAGGGAUUGAGAGGAGUUCCUGUUUUUGAGCCAAGCAUGGAGCAAUUUCGAGAUUUUUACUCUUACAUCAACCUGAUUGAUCGAUGGGGAAUGAGAUCAGGCAUCGUCAAAAUUAUCCCGCCUAAGGAAUGGACUGGGCAGCUCCCACACUUGGGAAAAGAGAGCUUGCGCACGGAUGGCCAAGGUCAAAUGCUGAGAAACGCCAAAAUCAAAUCGCCUAUCAGUCAGGUCAUUCAAGGUAGUCGCGGAUUAUUCAGGGUUAUGAAUGUUGCAAAGCGUAAAACCUACAAUGCCUUGGAGUGGUACGACCUGGCCAAUAGUGACGAGCACCGACCGCCGGAUUUUCUGAACAAGACACUGGUCACAUCAUCUGCUAAUUUGAACCAAGAUAAUCCAGACAAGUCAAAUACUCGUUCGACCAGAAGUAGUCGUCGUAGUACUAGCUCUAUCGCGCCUAUCUCUCACAAGGUUGCAAAUCCUCGUCGGCGCAAGGUCUCCAAGGGUCAUUCGACUGCUGAUAUAUCCAUAUCUGAUCGAAAUUCAUCCGAGAAACCAGAUGUCGAAGGGCGUGUUGAUUGCUCACCCGAAAAGCGAGAUGGACAUGAGCGUCCUGAUGGUUCUUGCGAAAAACGAGACCUUCAGAAGACUGCCAAUUGUUCACCCGAAAGACCAGAUGGCGAACCACGUGUUGAUCGAUCACCCGGAAAACGAGAUGCCGAGGAGCACGUUGAUUUUUCACCUUCUAACCUGCUUCCUGUUCCUGAAGAUCCAACCCAUCCUUGCAACAGCGCCAAGGAAUUCGACUCUUCCAAACCGGAGCCUUGCAGCAGACCAGAAAAACGACAUGACGAGGAAACUGUCGAUUGUUCACCCGAAAAACGAGAUACCGAGGAACACAUUGAUUGUUCAGCUUCCAAACUGCUUCCUGUUCUUGAAGAUCCAUCUCAGGCUUGCAAUAGCCCCAAGGACCCUGACUUUCCCAAACCGGCACCUGGCGCACCCGCGAUUUCGCCUCAAUGCUCCCCGUUAAACCCAGCAAACGAAGCCUCAAACAACCAGCUGUGCCCCGCAAAAGCAGAUGACUUGGCAACUAGUUGCACCGCCGAGCAUGAUCUUCAGCCUGAGUUUUCAAAUGCUAUUGAAAAUCAAAUUUCCGAGUUUGUCGACCAAUCGCUAGAUUUACAAAUGUCUUGUGUCAUCGCAAACCAACCUACACCAGCAUCAGCUGAAACCGUGAAGGACAACGACCAAACUGUCCAGGAAAAUGACAAAACUGUCCAGGAAAAUGACAAAACUGUCAAGGAAAAUGACAAAAAGAAGCCAAGGCGCUCCGUCCAGAACGUGCCAACACCUGAAGAAUGGGCCCAGUUUGUUGAACGCUACGAAAAGCUCCCGUACGAUGCAUCCAGGUCGGAUUACACUUUCCAAGUCUGUCGAGAGAUUGAACAAGAGUACUGGAGAACCAUCGGCAAUGGGGGAUCACCUAUGUAUGGGGCUGACACAAUGGGUUCUCUGUUUGAUGAGCGUACUAAAGAUUGGAACGUCGCCACCUUGGAUAAUCUGCUAAAUCGAUUGAAGCUGAAGAAGAAGAUUCCCGGAGUCAAUACCCCCUAUCUUUACUUUGGGACUUGGAGAGCGACCUUUGCCUGGCACGUGGAGGAUGCCGACUUAUACUCAAUCAAUUACAUCCAUUUUGGGGCGCCGAAAUUUUGGUAUUCCAUACCUCAGGAGCAGAACACACGAUUUGAAAAUUUCAUGUCUUCUUCAUUCGCCAAAGAGCGCCGAACAUGCUCACAAUUUUUGAGGCACAAGGCUUUCCUAGCUUCGCCCUCUGUCCUACAAUCUGUCGGAGUGCAGUUGAACAAAGUCGUCCAUCUACCCGGAGAGAUCAUCUUGACUUAUCCAUACGGUUACCACUCUGGAUUCAACCUGGGUUAUAAUUGCGCGGAGAGCGUUAAUUUCGCCAAUGAAGCUUGGAUCGAGAAAGGCAGGAAAGCCCAAUCUUGCAAAUGCAUUGACGAUGCAGUUACGAUCAAUGUAGACGCGUGGUUGGAAGAGCAUGACGAGCUAUGCCGUAAAGAAAGUGAAGCGCGAGAGCGGGCUGCCCAAAAACUUCAGCGACAGCAAAAGUGCGAAGAGCGCAAGCGCAAAGGAAGCGACAACUUGCCCGAUAAAGCACCUAAGAAAAAACAGAAGAAGGAUACCAGCGAGGCUGUGAAUGCCUCUCUGGAUAAGAUGGAGGUCGAUCCUCAACCGGGUUUGAAUAAUUUAGCCGACUCCUCGCUUCCGAACCCAAGUCCCCAAACCGUCAAAGCCCCACAGAAAAAGAAAACGCCACAGAAGAAGAAGGCAGCCGAUCCUCCUCCAGGAAAGGCCGAUGAUGAUCUUAAACCGGAUCUGAAUAAUCCGGCCCACCCCUCGCUUCCGAAUCUAGCUCCUCAGCCGGUCAAGCCUCCGAGGAAAAGGAAAAAGAAGGAGAGUAGCACGUCUACCAAUCCCCCUGCAGGCCAAACGGGGUUGAGUGGUCUGGUUGACCCCUUGCUAUUAAACUCCAGUUGCCAAACGAAGGCCAAAGCCCCGAGGAAACCUAGGCCCAAAAAGAUCAUUGAGACUGAUGCUGACGGAAAUAUCAUCAAGAAGAAGCCAUCCAAAGCGUCCGAGAAAGCUCUGAAGAGGAAGGCUGAUGGUUCUGCUCUCGGUGCGCCUUCCCUGAACAGAAAGGCAGGCGUCACCCCCGCAGAGGUGUUGUUGCCUGGUGUUCCUCGCCGCGAUGCCUCUGGAAGCCAGCUCGCGGGAGUUGCUGGGCAGACGAGUCAUCAUGCCCCAUCGCACGCUCUCGGCAUCACUACGACACCUGCCGGCAGCCCACCACUGGCGGGCGACGGAUCAGCUGGGCCUAACGCCCAUCAUCCGACCGGCGAAAGCAUCUUCAUCCCCCAACCAUCGGCAGCCCCCCCAGCGUUCCAGGCCCAUUCUUCCUGGCCGGAGAGCGAGCAGCAAGCAUAUGGCUAUGAGCGAACACUGCCGAUGCUAGCCGACUUGUCGGCAGUCGGUCCAUCGGUCAACCCUUGCCUGGCCGAGCCGGGUCUCUCUUCGUUCCCGCCUGACAUCCAGCCUGUGUUCGAGAACGAGCAGCAGAGCUCCGAUCCCCCCCAGCUCCCCAAUCUCUCGUACUUCUCCGACCAGAAAUUCAUGUCCGCUAUCGAAGCCGGUCUGAUCGACUCUAGGCUACUGUAA